GUUUACAAUGUGAUAAUCAUGAUGACGUACGUGUGAGAUUGUUGAAAAAUGGUAGUUUUGGAAGUUUUCUCGAAAAGUUUACAAGUUAAAUACAAAAGCACAUUAUUUUCAAAGGCUGCAUUCGUCAAAUUAGUAACGGCUCUGAUCUCAAUUGUUGUGCCUUUUGUAUUAGCAUAUAUAAGUGGAGGUUUUUGGUUGAAAAGCGUUACCUUCCACGAGCAGCCUAAAGUAACUCUAGACGGAAGCUACAUAUUUCUAGCUUACACAGAUAAUCAAAGCAAUCCCAUAGUCUGUAGUAACGUACAGUUUUACGAAAAUGCAUUCAGUAGGUUAGAUUUUUGCUACGAAAUUCGGGUAAGCGAACAACUCUGUAUUAUUUUUUGUAUUCAGACUAAUUUCCUUUUUAUUUAUUCAGCUUCGUGAAGUCGACCACAAUUUUGAUGGCAAAACGGACAAAAUUGAUAUUAAUAUAGGGAUAAAUCUAUUCAAGAAUAGAAUAAGCUCCAUACAUCUUGUUCUUCCAAUUGUAUUUAUGCUAACAGAGGAAUGUCCUUUGAUAAUUCACUCUGCGUUACUACACCAACACUACUUUCACAAACAGUCAACGACUUUAAAAAUGACAGCUGAUCUGCAAUUGUAUCAGAGACACGCUUUACGAUGUUUAAACAGAGAGCAAAGACUUCACGAUCAUCCUGUUAUAACAAGUUCUGGGAAAAUGGAUGAUUAUUUGUUCGAAACUAUAAUGGACAAGUAUCUGGCAAAAAAUGUAUCUACACAUCUAAAAAACGUAUAUACAACCAUGAAGAUGGAAAACAAAGAUAAAUUCAACUUAAACCUAUCAGUCCGAUUUCCAGAAGUAAAUAUCUACUAUGAACCUGGCUUCUGGCAUAUGCUCAAAUGUGCAUGGUUGCAGUAUUUUUCGGUGUACAUCAUUGUGAGUUGGGUAAUAACAAAAUUUAAAGGAUAUAUUUUCAAAAAAAGAUUGGUGCUCUACUAUGAGGAGACACCACUGAAAAAAAAACUUUAACGCCAAAUCAUUACUUGAUUUUCAGUUAAAUAAAG